AUGAAGGAGUUUGAAUUUCACACAAAAUGCAAAGGAAUGAAGCUUAAUCAUCUUUGUUUUGCUGAUGACCUACUGCUGUUUUAUAAAGGUAACUAUCAGUCAGCAAUGUUGAUGCUAAGGGGUCUACAAGCUUUCUCAAAUGCUUCAGGAUUGACAACAAAUGCAGGCAAGUCAAACAUAUUUAGUGCAAAUACGGUAAAGCAAGAGUUGGAAGACUUGUGUGAGACUACUGGGUACAAGAAAGGAGCAUUACCAUUUAGGUAUUUGGGGGUUCCAUUUGCAGCAACAAAGUUAUCUGCUAUGGAUUGUGAGAAUAUUGCUCAAAAGGCUGACAACUUAUGGGUCAAAUGGGUGGAUCAUGUAUAUAUGAAAGGAGUUCAAUGGAAGCAGUAUAAGCCACUAGUAGAAUGUAGCUGGUACUGGAGAAGAAUAUGCAGUAUAAAAGAUAAAGUAAAAGAUGGAUAUAAGGGGAAUGAUUGGCAAAAGGGAGGGGGAAAAUACACAAUACAAGAAGGAUACAAAUGGAUGAAAGGGGAGAUGGAAGACUGGCCGUGGGCUAGAUGGAUAUGGAGUAAUGUAAACAUCCCUAAACAUAGCAUAAUAUGCUGGUUAGCAGUUCGACAGAGACUGCUGACAAGAGAAAGACUAGAAAAGGUAGGUGUAUGCACAGAGACAAGAUGUGAAAUAUGUGGAGAAAGCAAGGAAACAAUACAACACCUCUUCUUUGAAUGCAAGUUUUCGAAUGAAUGUUUGAAGCUGCUGUUGAAAUGGUUAGGCAAGGGAAUUCAAGAACCAGAUAUCGAAAAUGUAUGGAAGAAAUUGACGAGGAAUGUGAAAGGUAAAAUGAGCAGAAAGUUUAUUACAGCAACAAUAUCGGCACUGAUAUACAAAAUACGGAUGGUUCGAAAUAAGGCAGUAUGGAACAAUAAGGUGAUGCAUCCAGAGUUGAUAUGCAAGCAGAUCAAGCAGGAAUGCAAAAUCAAAUUGAAGAUGCAGAAUAUAAGGAAAGAAGGCAGAAACAGUAGGAACUGGCUAGAACAAUUGUAUGUAACAGAUUAG